UAGCUGUAGACUUGAUGGGAUUAAAAGGGUUGGUGCAGUUGUUCUGUAUUGUUGUGACUCUGGUGAGUGUGUGUUUGGUGCAACUGAAAGCAGAAGAUGCAUACAAGUAUUUCACAUGGACUGUGACUUAUGGAACACUCUCUCCUCUUGGUACACCCCAGAAGGUGAUUUUGAUCAAUGGUCAAUUCCCUGGGCCUCAACUUGACUUGGUAACAAACGACAAUGUAGUUCUUAACCUUAUCAACAAGUUGGAUGAGCCAUUUUUACUCACUUGGAAUGGUAUUAAACAAAGGAAAAACUCAUGGCAAGAUGGGGUAUUGGGAACCAACUGUCCUAUCCCUCCAAACUCAAACUACACUUACAAGUUUCAGGCAAAGGAUCAAAUUGGAACAUACACAUAUUUUCCAUCAACUCACCUGCAUAAAGCAGCUGGAGGAUUUGGUGGACUCAAUGUGUACCAUAGAUCAGUCAUCCCACUCCCUUAUCCAUACCCUCAUGGAGAUUUUACUUUGCUCAUUGCUGAUUGGUACAAAACUGGCCACAAGGCAUUACAACAAUCCUUAGAUUCUGGAAAAUCUCUUUCCUUCCCUGAUGGUCUCCUUAUCAAUGGCCAGGCACAUACUACUCUCAAUGGUGACCAGGGAAAGACCUACAUGUUCAGGAUCUCAAAUAUGGGGUUAUCAACCUCAAUUAACUUCAGAAUUCAGGGUCAUUCAUUGAAGCUAGUAGAAAUUGAAGGGUCACACACUAUUCAAAACAUGUAUGACUCCCUUGAUGUCCAUGCUGGCCAAUCAUUUUCAGUAUUGGUGACCUUGAAUCAAUCUCCAAAAGACUACUACAUUGUUGCCUCAACAAGAUUUUCCAGGAAAGUUCUCACUGCUACUGCCGUUCUUCACUAUUCAAACUCUCAUUCACCUGCUUCUGGACCUCUUCCUAGCCCCCCUGCUUACCAGUAUCAUUGGUCUGUUAGGCAAGCAAGAUCCUUUAGAUGGAAUCUGACAGCAAAUGCAGCGAGGCCAAACCCACAAGGAUCAUACCAUUAUGGGAAAAUAACUCCAACAAAGACAAUUGUGUUGGCAAAUUCAGCAGCUAUGAUCAACGGGAAAAAACGUUAUGCUGUGAACAAGGUUUCCUAUGUGAACCCUGAUACUCCUCUGAAGCUUGCCGAUUACUUCAACAUCCCCGGAAUUUUCAGUGUGGAUUCAAUCCAAAGCCUUCCUUCUAAUGGACCCGCUUCGGCGCAGAUAGCUACUUCUGUCAUUCCAAAUUCUCUUCACGACUUCAUUGAGGUCGUUUUCCAGAACAAUGAGAACACCAUGCAAUCUUGGCACCUUGAUGGCUAUGAUUUUUGGGUCGUAGGUUAUGGUUUUGGAGAGUGGACACCAGCCAAGAGAAGAUCCUACAAUCUUGUGGAUGCCGUGACAAGACAUACUGCACAGGUAUAUCCAAAUGGUUGGACUACAAUAUUGGUGUCGUUGGACAAUGAAGGUAUGUGGAACUUGAGGUCUGCAAUAUGGGAGAGGCAGUAUCUUGGGCAGCAAUUGUAUCUCAGAGUUUGGACUGCUCAAAAAAGCCUUUCUACUGAAUAUAAUAUUCCUCCUAAUGUCUUGCUUUGUGGGAAAGUCAACGGACAUCAUCACCCUUAGUAAUUGACAUCAACAUAUGCAAUAUUUUGGUGUCAUUUUCUAGUCAUGAGGGGUUGACUAAAAUUGAAGAUUGAAAGAAGAGAGAAUUUGAUUUAUCAUUUAAUUUUCAUGGUGAAAUAUGUAAAGUUAAAGAGACAAAGACACUUGAUGAGAAUUCGGUGAUUGCUCUCUUAUAUAUUUGGAGAAGUUAUAUUUUAUUUUUAGGGUUAAGUACGAUUUUGGUCUCUAACAUAAAGGUCGAAAAUUUAUUUUGUCUC